UUUGGCUCUUAUACAGGUGAGCGGUUUCUUGACUUCUUCAUCCCUGUACUGUCGGCGAUGUAAAAGAGGAAUCAGAAAGACUUUCGCAAGGCUGCGUAGAAUCUCUCUCAAACUGAACUGUUUCUCGAUGAAAUUGUAUUCCAAAAUCAACGCGUCUGAACUUAUACCCGUCGAGACAGCUGUCACUGGCAGUCAUCACGGUGGGGUAAUGCGAUGCAUUGUUCCCGCCGGAGGAUUACAAGCUGCGACCUCGAGCUCCGUCCCCGCCGCUACAUCCUUUGUGACACCUACAAGCCCUUGAGCGUUUUGCGAGAAGCUGGAAGCAAAGGUCGAGACAUUCGAUUGCGAGGAAAAGCUUACCGCCAUGGACCACGUCCAAGAGAAAAUGGCCGAACACGCCUCCCGUGAGCCCGCACCCGCCACCUUCUUCACGCCUCUGAACUUCCUCUUCCUCGCCGCCAUUCUCUACACGCUCUACCUCACCUUCCGCGCACCAACACCUGCGACGCUGCCUCGACCCCCGCCUCCCGUCGUCUUCAAGACCUACACACCGCGCACGCUACUACCCUUCUCAGGCAACGACGGCGGACCUGUUUACUUUGCCGUGCGUGGCAAGGUCUUUGACGUCUCGCGCGGUCGCAAUUUCUACGGCCCAGGUGGCCCGUACUCCAACUUUGCUGGACGAGACGCGAGCAGGGGACUGGCAUGCGGCAGCUUUGAUGAGGAGAUGCUGACCAAGGACCUCGAUGGACCGCUUGACACUCUGUCAGAUCUGGGAAGGGACGAAAUGGAAGCGUUGCAGGGAUGGGAGGAGAGAUUCAACGAGAAGUACGAUGUGGUAGGCCGCCUGGUCAGUGUAGAGGAGUUCAACCAGGGCAAGGCUUGAUAUACUGUAUAGAACGAAACGCCUUCGGGUGGUCUCCCAUUUCAUUUAGACAAUAUUCAUAUCGACGAUGUCUGUGUCGAAUACUUUGCAUAGAGCAACUUGGCUGGGUUAUAGAGCUCGCUCGAAGUCCGAACCGAAGAGGGAACACGAACGGUGAACUAAACUUGGUAAGGAAUAGAGGUAAAGUCACACAACUGUCGGAAAUCUGAGCAGUGCUAUAAUUGUCGUCGCUAAUGGGACGAAAACAAUAAAUGGUAGACUUGACCAUGGGAAGUCAGUCAUCG